GGAUUUGAUCUCAUUUUUCCUGGUAAUCCUCAUCUUUACUGUUAUCAUCAUUUGCGAUACAACCUUAGUCGAAAGUAUAAGAACAAAGGAGGGGAAAUUGUUGUUGCUGAUGUGUUACAAAAAUUCUUUAAAGUGGCUUACGCAUCGACUGAGAAGUCUUUUUACUUUCAUUUAAAAAAUUUGAGAGAUGAGGGUGGUACUGCUACUAUUGAUGAAUUCAUAAGGGAGAUUCCAUUGGAACAUUGGUGCCGUGCUUUUUUUAAAGGUUGUCGGUAUGGGAUUAUGGCAAAUGGUAUUGCUGAAUCCUUUAAUAACUGGAUUGUUGCUGAGCGUUCACUGCCCCCUUUCGCUAUGUUAGAUCAAACUAGAAUGAAAGAAAUGAAGAUGAUGUCAGAAAGGAGUGUUGAGUCAAAAUCUUGGACUACCAGGCUUACUCCUAAAAUGGAGAAGAGGCUGAAAGAGCAGCUUGAUAGGUCUCGUGUGUUCAGGGUGAUUGCUUCCCAUGAAAAUGUUUAUGAG